UGUGUGCCACUGAACUUCUGCUGAAGACAGUCACAAUGAUGUUCGUGAUCUUGGCUUUGUUUGUCGCUGGUGCCUACGGGUGUGGCCUGCCCACCUUCCCCCCUGUGGUAACCAGGGUUGUUGGUGGAGAUGAUGUCCGUGAGAACAGCUGGCCCUGGCAGGUGUCUCUGCAGUACAGGAGUGGUAGCAACUUCUACCACACCUGCGGAGGUACCCUGAUCUCCAACGAGUGGGUCCUCACUGCUGCUCACUGCAUUGGCAGCCGCACCUACAGAGUCUACCUUGGCAAGCACAACCUAAAGAACAACAAUGAGGCUGGCUCCAUUGCCAUCAGCCCUUCCAAGAUCGUUGUUCAUGAGAACUGGGACUCCUACAGAAUCCGUAACGACAUUGCCCUGAUCAAGCUGGCCACUCCUGUCACCUUCUCUGACACCAUAAUGGCUGCCUGUCUUCCCAACUCUGGAGAAAUCCUGCCUCACGGAGCUCCCUGCUACGUCACCGGCUGGGGCCGUCUCUGGACUGGAGGUCCUAUCGCUGACAUCCUGCAGCAGGCCCUCCUCCCUGUGGUCGGACACUCUACCUGCACCAGGCCUGACUGGUGGGGAAGCCUGGUCACCAGCAACAUGAUCUGUGCUGGAGGAGAUGGAGAGCUGGCCAGCUGCAAUGGAGACUCUGGUGGUCCCCUGAACUGCCAGAACCCUGAUGGCUCCUGGGAUGUCCAUGGUGUGGUGAGCUUCGGCUCUAGCAUGGGCUGCAACUACCCCAAGAAGCCUUCUGUCUUCACCAGGGUCAGCGGCUACAUCCCCUGGAUCAACAAUGUGAUGACCAGCUACUAAGAUGUGGAGGGUUUAAAGUCAUUGCAUAUUUUGCACUUGACCAUCAAAUAAAGAACAGAGUGAAUAACA